AGCACUUAGAAAUAUUAAGCAACGCGACAAGUAAUGCCACUGUUAACUGUCACUUAAAGUAUUAUGAACGCUCUAAAUACAGGAUAGUCCAUGUAAAUCAAACACUGGAAAAGACUCAUAAAUAUUAGAAAGAAAUGCCCUGCCUCUCAAUAACUGACAUACCUGAAAUCAGGAGAUGACUUGGAUGAGAAAACCAACAAAAAUGAAAUUCAAAAUUGCGGCUGCUGGCAGGCGGAUUGAAAGUCCGCUAGCUCGGGCAUUGGGCGGAGCACAGAGGCAGGGGAACAGGGGUACGUCUGGGCGGCGCGUGGCGGCAUAGCCCCAGGAAGUGAUUGAGUGGGGGUGAGCAGAGCGCAUGCGUGGUGCCCGGAAGCACCCGCGCCUUCCUCCUGUGUCACGUCAUUGCCACCUCAGUUGGUUGCUGUGGGCCCCGCACUUCCGCUGGAGUGUCUCACGCGCUGGCAGCUUUACCUUCCCCGAACUUCUGUGAGCCAGAGGCCACCACCAAUCCUGCCAAUCAUGGCCUCAAACGAAGCUAUUUAUGAUUCCAUCGAGAACUCAGAGGUGCCUGCCAACUUACUGACCCUGCACCAGAUCCACCUGGAAGCCAUUCCUGUGGAGACCAUGGCCAUGGAGACGCUCGAGGAGUACCACGACUUCAGUGGCAGUUGGAUCCACGGCGGCCACCACCACCCGCCCCUUAUUGCGAUGCAGCCGCUCGUGAAUAACAACCUGAGCCACGGAGACCACGACCAGGAGAUGAUUGUGCUGCAGACGCAGGAGGAGGUGGUGGGCUACAACGACUCCGACAGCCCGCUGUCUGGCUGCAACCUGGAGAGCGGGGUGGCCGUGCCGCCAGCCGACGACGCCUACUACCAGCAAACCAUGGCGUCCCUGUUGGGCUCGGCGUCCUCAUCCACGCCCACCUCACCCACCUCGGCCUCUAGCUCCUCCUGGGCCCCAUCCUCCAACCCCGAGUGCGCCCAGAAGUGCAGCCAGAGGAGCCACAGUGAGGCCCACGGGCAAAGCGACAACAACAAGCCCAGCACUGUUCAGUGGGGGCUGAAGCAGAUGAAGAUCAAGACCCCGGAGGGCGAGUUCAGUAUCACCGUGUGGCCGGACGGCAACAACAACAAAAACAACAAUGACGGUGUCAACAACAACAAGGACGACAACGAAGACAAGGACAACAACAUCAACAACGGUGAUGCCAAGCGCCCACCGAGCUCCCCUCCUGAUUAUUCUGAAUACAUGAGGGGAAAGAAGCUUCCACCCGGAGGAAUACCUGGCAUCGACCUCUCCGACCCCAAGCAGCUGGCGGAAUUCACCAGGAUGAAGCCCAGGAAAGCCAAGGAGGGCACCCCUCGCACCGUCGCCUGCCCACAUAAAGGCUGCGAGAAGAUGUUCCACGAUAAUUCGGCCAUGCGGAAGCACUUGCACACCCACGGCCCCCGCGUGCACGUCUGCGCCGAGUGCGGCAAAGCCUUUGUGGAGAGCUCCAAGUUAAAGCGCCAUCAGCUGGUCCAUUCCGGGGAGAAGCCCUUCCAAUGCACCUUUGAAGGCUGCGGGAAACGCUUUUCCCUCGAUUUCAACCUGCGUACCCAUGUCCGGAUCCACACUGGGGACAGACCAUUUAUGUGUCCUUUUGAUAAUUGUAAUAGAAGGUUUGCUCAAUCUACCAACCUGAAAUCUCAUAUCUUAACACAUACUAGAAAGAAAAAUAGCCAUUAAAAAGGGGAGGGAGAGAAGUCCCUUCUCAAACCUGGAGAAUAUCUUCCUGGAGUAUGCUUAAAAAUUGAUUUGUCUAUGUAGUUUCCAAAAAAAAAGUUCUAGGUAUGUGAUGGCCCUGUUUUGUUAAGAGUAGUAAAACUACUGGUAAAAUUGUUUUUAAAAGUUAACAUGUCUUACCUUGCUCUAUAAUAGCACUUGAAAAUAUGGUGUUUUGUAAAAUUUGGUUCCAGUAACAGGAUAACACAUGCACCUCUCAUCAAAAGACAGUUCCUUAUGCAGCAGUGCCAAAACCAAGACUGAUAUUCGCAUUCUUUUAAUUAUGGACUUCACCUGUUGAAUACAAUUUUUAAGAACUUUUGGGGGGUUAUAUGUUCAUGUUUAUGCUUUUAGGGAUAUGUUUAAUAACUGUGCUUUUCUGGCGGUUGGUGGCUUAUUUUGUGGAAGAUUUGCUUGAAAAGAAUGAGUGACUGCAUACAUACAUGAAGUGUAAUUUCUGGUUAAAAUAGUUAUAUGAGUUUUCUUUACUAUCUUGACUUUGGCUAUACUUAUUGAUGUUAAUAGAUUUUAUAUCACUAUUUUGGCUGUGCAAUGUACUGUUGAAUAUUAGAUAUGAGUCAAUACUACUAGUUUAAAACUAUUUUAGUCAUUUUUAUUCCCCCCAAAUACUAUGAGAUAACGUUGUAAACUGUUUUCUUGGCCUUUCCACCUAGUGGUGCUCAGUUGUCAAUGUAUUGUGUAGGUGUUGGGCUUUUAACACUUGCUGUUUAUACCUAAUGUCAUAUAAAAAGCAAAAAUAAAGUUCCUGUUUCAAAGAAAAAAAAAGUCUUAUUGCAUAGAUA